CGCUUAAUUUACGAUCGUCAAGAGAGAUGAUUAGUUUGUCUCAAACUCAUCGUGCCAUCAUUGAACUGUUGGAGUUGAUGCGAUGUGAUAAUUGCGCCUCCACUCUCCACCAGCCAUUCACGACUGGAGUAUGUGAACAUCUGCUAUGUUCUUCAUGUAUUCCAAGUCGAGGUAAUGUAAAGGCUGCAAGUUGCUGUCCAGUUUGCUCAGUUCCCGUACAUGCACGCGAUUUCCAAGUCCAUCCACAGUUUACAUCACUCGUAUUGGUUGCACGUCGACUAAAGAAAUUAACGAUGAAUACUUCUCAAGAGAAAAUAAAAGAUUCUCAGAAUUCCGUAAUUGAAAAUGAUAUUCCUGAUGCAACUAAAAAUGAUAUGUUACCACAAGUAGUAAUUAAAAAGGCCUAUUCUUCAAGGCAACAAUUAUCCGAAGAUAAAGAUUCAAAGCGUCCAAUCGGUGUAAGCUAUAAACGUGGGCAUUCCUUGGUUAAUAGUGAUACAAAUAUAUCUACUGCUGAUACAUUUGUAUCCAAUGUUUGCUCAACUGGUAAUGAUUCAUGCAUUAAUUUCAAACCUCAUUAUCCUUCAAAACAUGAUGUCAAAGCCAAUAAGAAACAACGAUUAAAUAAAGUGACUAAAUUACCUGCUUAUUCAAGCUCUGAUAUUCAUCAAACAUUAUCAGUAAAUUCUGUCAACGGAAAUGAAUCAUGUGUUUCUCUUGAUAAACCAAUUGAAUCACUUUCUGUAGAAGCUGUUGCUGUACAUAACACUAGAAAUGCUCGGAAUAAAAUUGUAUCGAAAGUUUGUAAAGAUAAGAUAGAACCUAAACAAACGAUGCCUAACAAAAUAGAUGUUCCGGUCCCAUUCGCUUCUCCUGAACCUUCUCGUUUAACAGAUCAGUCCACUUUAUCUCCGUCUGAUCCGAUUUCAUUUAAAACUUCUGUCUUCCUUACACCUGUCGAUCUACCAGUAACUAACGAGAAUAAAGCAGCAACUUCAAAAAGUUCAAGUAUCUCAAAAAAGAAUUCUAAGAAGAUCCAAAAUAAUGUUAAGAAAGUUGUUCCUGUUCAGGACCGUAAGUCAUCUGGAUUUCUCAAUUUACUACACAAACUAAGACCAAAUAGCAAAGGUGAAAGCCAGCUACAUAGGGCAGCAAUUCGUGGUGAUACUAGUCAAAUAGAAGAGUUACUUUCCGCCGGGUUAUCACCGAAUAUUCGAGACCAUGCUGGUUGGACACCAUUGCAUGAAGCUGCGUUACGUGGACACUGUGAAGUCGCUAAAGCUUUGAUCAAAGCUGGAGCUACCGUAGAUAUUCCUGGUGGUCCGGAUUUAGAGACUCCUUUGCACGAAGCUAUACAGAAUGGACAAGUUGACUUCUGUCAACUUUUGCUUGACCAUGGUGCUAAUCCUAUGUUUCCAAAUAAUAAUGGAAUAAUUCCAAUACAAUUAGUGGAUAGCAGUAUAUGCCAAUUAAAAGAACUGCACAAUUCAGAUUCUAAAUCAUCAAAGUAUAACUCCCUUCUCAAUGCAUUAUCUGACAUAAGAAAUAUGUUAAACAAAGCAUCAUUAUCUACCACUGUAUCAGAUAAAGAUUGUCUGACUAACAAUAAAACUUUAAGUAUUUUAUCUGUCUCCUCUGCAACCACUUUCAUUGAAAGACGACGUCUUCGACCUAUUCUUCUGGGUACUGGUCUAACAAGAACUCAACAAUCAUUGUUCAAUCGUGUUGCCACCAUGAUACAUGCACGUGUGUUCUCAUCAAUCUCACCUGAAGUUACACAUGUCGUGACUGGUGCACUUCAAGAAUUAUCCAGCGAUGUAGUCGAUGAAGAAUCAGUUAAUAAAACAAAAAAGAACAAUAAAUCUAAAAGAAAUUCCCGUUCACUUAAAAAUGAUAAUGAAUUACUCAGUUCCAAUGGCCAAGCUACUUGCCCACGUACUUUGAAAUUUCUAAGCGCUGUUUUACAGGGAUGUUGGAUCUUGUCAUUUGAUUGGAUUGAAACUUGUGCUCAUAUCAAGAUGCGUGUAGAAGAAGAAGGCUUUGAAGUAACUGGGUGUAGUACUGCUCCUAUGUCCGGUGCACCUCGUCGAGCACGUCUCGCGCGUGAAGCUGGCUCUUUGGGACUAUUUCAUGGUUUAAACAUUUGUUUCCUAGGGAACUUCGUAUAUCCUGUACCAUCCAGGGAUGAGCUUACUCAAUUAGCACGAUCUGGUGGAGCAAGUGUAGUAUUCAGUCGUGAUGUUUGCUCUCCGAUUCGGCUUGCAAGAUAUGCUAUUGAAUCUGCAAAUAAUUCAUCUAUUUGGGAUUUAAAUACCGUAGAGGCGAAUAAAGAGUUUGAUCAAGAGACUAGUGACAAUAUUUCGUUUAUAGAUGAAAUCACAAUGAUUGAUUCGAAUAAUCCUUCCUCCUUGCUUGUUUUAUAUGAUCCGGGUGUUUUCAGUAAACCUAAAAAUGAAUCGUGUAACAAAUCUAUAUAUGCUGUAGACACUGUUAGUAAAGCGCUUAAUUUAAUCAAACUGAAAAAAUCUACAAAUACACUAAAUUCAUUGGCAGACGACUUACCACCACCUCUUCAAUCGAUACCAUGUACUUGGCUUUUGGACUGUGCUGCAGAAUAUCGUCUACUUCCUUUUCCCAACUGCUAAUUGAUUGUUUGUAAAUAUUUUACACAUCUAUCAAAUUUAUAACCUUAUUUAUUAUCUAAACCGAUAUAUAUUCUCUAACGAUUAUUUUAAUUUACUUCAGUGAAUUUCAAUAUAAUUUUUGAGAUCUUUA